ACUUUUUACACAAUGGAUUAACACGCCUGGAUACCAUCAUCUGAUUUAUUCUACCAAGUUAACUUGUUUGGCUUUAGAUCAACAGAUUGUUUAAAAGUGGACUUUUUUUUGCCUGUUGGACACUUUUUUUGCGCACACUGUACACCAUGGCCAAUACUUGCUUACAGUUCACGGGUUUUGUGAUGAGUUUUCUCGGCUGGAUCGGGCUAAUCGUCGCCACUGCCACUAACGAAUGGGUCUUCACCUGUAAAUAUCAAAUGAACACCUGCAGGAAGAUGGAUGAACUGGAGGCCAAGGGGUUGUGGGCAGACUGUGUGAUCUCAACUGCGCUUUAUCACUGCAUCACACUCACGCAGAUUCUCGAGCUUCCAGCAUACAUCCAGACGUCUCGAGCUCUAAUGGUCACAGCAUCGAUUCUUGGAUUGCCUGCCGUUGUGAUGGUGCUCAUGUCCAUGUCCUGUAUUAACCUUGGAGGUGAACCAGAAAGUGCCAAGAACAAGCGAUCAGUGCUCGGAGGAAUCCUAAUACUGCUGACAGCUUUCUGUGGCAUCGUCUCCACUGUGUGGUUUCCCAUCGGGGCCCAUCACGAGAAGGGUCUGAUGUCCUUUGGCUUUUCUCUGUAUUCAGGAUGGGUGGGGACAGCUCUCUGUCUGCUGGGAGGCUGUAUAAUCAGCUGCUGUUCAGUGGACAGUCCUGCUACAUACACUGAAAACAACCGAUUCUACUACUCCAAACAAGGCCCUGCCCACACAGGCCCCACCUCCACCAACCACGCCAAAAGCGCUCACGUCUGAGCUUCUGGAUUACAGAUCAGAUCUGAUUUCCACUCCCUUUUUUCUCUCUCUUUCUUAUUUCAGCCAUGUUUCUUUAUAGCGGUGUCUCUUUGGAUAGUAAUCAUAAAGCUGAACUCACUCGAAACAAGGGACAAUCGCUGGUGAAGGACCUGCACUGAAGGAUUUGCUGUUCAAGAAGUCUUCUACUGAUUCUGCUCAUACAGUGUCAUUUAAAGUUGUAUUUUUGUAGUAAGAAAUGUUUUUACGUUGCUAUAUGAAUACUAACAGUAUUUGCCAGUGUUGUUUUUCAUUCUAAACUUCUCAUGUUUGUACAGCUGUAUUUUCAUUUCAGAGCAUUUCAGAAUAACCGAUCAGACUAGAUUGCACCAAAAUUGGACCAAAGCAGUAUUAUUUAGCAAUAUUAUUUAUUGUAGUACUUGUAUGCAGUUUUAUCUCUCUGUUUUUUUUGUAUUAAACAAUAUCAUCCAUGUGAAAA